AUGAAGGUUCUCCUAACGCUGCUGGUUAUCACCGUCUGCGUCUGCGAGGCUUCUCCGAUUCUCGGUUCGUUGCUGAAUGUUCUUAAGCCAGCCCCAAAAGCUGUGCCACCGCCACCUCCAUAUCGGGCACCAGUGAGUUUGAGGCAUGCCUCAUACUACCAACAGGCUGCACCACCGGCUGUUCCUGUUCCGACAGCACCGCUAAAUUCGGGAUAUGCCUCUUACUACCGACAAACACCACCGGCUCCUGUUGCUACCUAUGCGGCUCCCACUCCUAUUUAUGCAGCUCCUGUUGCUACUCACGCAGCACCUGUUCCGCCUCCAGCACCUCCACAGCCACCACAAAUAAUUCGUGUUAUUCAACCAGUGCUGUAUAUACCUCGACCAUCGCAACCGGCACCCCAAGCUGCUGCUCCGAUUCUGUCAUCUCUGUCAGCUACUUCCUCUCACAACCACCUUGGAGGCGCGUCCCACGCGCCAUCAACUUCCUUUUCCUACAGUAAAGUGCCUUCCGUCCUAAAAUCUGAACACCACUCCGAAGCAAUCUCUGCUGCUCCGGCAGCACUUUCCUCUUUCAGUCAAUCUGGAAGCGCUUCGUCUUCCUUUUCCUACAAUCAACAUCAAUCUGCCGCUCCGGCAGCUCCUUCUUCACACCAUUAUCAUGGAGGUGCUUCUCAAACUCCUUCAACGUCCUUCUCAUACAGUGCAGUACCAUCACGUCCUAUUUCUGCCGCUCCAGCAGCUCCUUCUCCACACAAUUAUCAGGCUGGUGUUUCCCGUAUACCUUCAGUGUUACAAUCGGAACACCACUCUGCACCGAUCGACUCCUACUCCAUCACGUACAACAACCAAUCGCCAAGCAGCUCCGGCACCGCGUACUCCAUCGAAACCGUCAAAUCCGAUGGCCAUUCGUACUCGCUAGCCCCAGAGCAAAUCGUUUUGGAAAAGAUCGUUUCGCCAGUGAUGACCAUCGAAACCGGCGUUGCCAACCGGAUCUCGCAGCAGCCGGUAACCGCAAUAGUAACCGCACAACCGCCAGCUCAACAGGCUCCUUCAGUCGAAAUUUCUCCGCAAAAACUUUCCAACCCGAUUGUUGUAAUCGAUCACGAGGAACCAUCCGUGCUGACGACAUUGACCUCUGUCACACCAGCAACGACAGUUCUCGCCACAACAACCCCGGCACCUACGCCGAGUACCACUCCGGUUUCGCAGGCCGCUAUCACCCAGGAGAUCAUCAAACAAGUCUCGCCGCACAUCAUCCAGCAGGCGAUUCCUCUGGUUGUAGACCGUGCCGUACCGCAGGUCGUCUACCAGGCACAGCAGGGCGUCUCGCAACCCGAAUACCAGCCCAGCCCCGAGCAGGUGCAGAUUGUCACUCCAGUUAAUUUCAACCCGCGCUCUCCAGCUGCGGACGAGAAGGUAGUCGUCAUGUACGCCACAUCGAUGGGCCAGGAAGCGAACGACGCAGAGAAUCUGGUCAUUCCGAUCGGCUACAACCAGCAGCAAAGCUCCUCCGGAGCUCAGGCACAGGCAAACGCGUUCUCGACGGCUAGUGCCGUCUCCACGGCAAGUGCGGUUUCGACGGCAAAUGCCUUCUCGACGGCAAAUGUCUUCUCGGCAGCAGACGCGCAGUCCGCUUCAUCCGAAGAGGAACUUCCGGUCGACUACAACCAGCAGCAAAGCUUCUCCGGAGCACAUGCUCAAGCAAACGCGGUUUCGACAGCAAAUGCGCAGUCCACUUCGUUCGAAGAGGAACUUCCGAUCAGCUACCCGCAGCAGCAAAGCUCCUCCGGAGCACACGCCCAAGCAAACGCAAUUUCGACUGCAAAUGCGCAGUCCGCUUCGUUUGAAAGGCAACAGCCGAUCAACUACCCGCAGCAGCAAGGCUCCUCCGGAGCACAAGCACAUGCGAACGCAAUCUCGGCGGCCAAAUCGCAGUCCUUUGAAAGGCAACAACGUCCGAUCAACUACCCGCAGCAGCAAGGCUCCUCCGGAGCACAUGCGCAAGCAAACGCAAUCUCGACGGCAAACGCAUUCUCAGCGGCAAAAUCGCAACCGAUUUCCUUCGAAAGAGGACUCGACUAUGGCCAAGAUGUGGAAACGUUCCAACGAAGCUCCGACCCUGUAAGCCAGGCUAUCAUCGAUCGAUUCCAGCUGGAGAAUCAAGCUCAACGACAGGAAUUCGAAACUUUGCGAGCUGGCGGUGCCAGCAGCAGCAGUGCCAGUAGCGGAAGUUCAGCUCAACAGGGUCUUGGAUUUUCCAGAACUGGAAGUUCCAGCAGCAGUGCUGCCAGUAGUGGAAGUUUCGGGCAACAGAAUCGCGGAGCUUUCGGAGCUAGCAGUUUCAGCGGCAGCAGCGCCAGUAGCGGAAGUUCUGGUCAACAGGCUUUCGGAGUUUCCCAAGCUGGUAGUUCCAGCAGCAGCGGAGGUGUCGGCCAACAGAAUUUAGGAUUUGCCCGAGCUGGUAGUUCCAGCAGUAGUAGCGCCAGUAGUGGAAAUGUGGGCCAACAGAACUUUGGAAAUGUUCGAGCUGGUAGUUCGAGCAGCAGCAGCAGCAGUAGCAGCGCCGGUAGCAGCACUGGCGGUGGGAAUGGCGACGUUCAGCUCGUUCCCAUUAAAAUUUACAUACCGAAAUACUACUCGGAAUCGCCAGCGCCUUCACGGCAGCAGAAAGCCAAUUCAAUAGAAAUAUCCAAAUAUCCGCUCUAG